ACUUCUUUCUUUCCUGAUCCGAUUUAUCCCUAGUUUCACGGUCUGAUUCCAAAAAUGGCAAUCCGAUUUCUUACUGUAUUCUCUUAUGCAAAACAAAUUCUUACCAAAAGUGAACAAGUACUAGUUCCAAAAGGGUACAUCCCUAUUUAUGUAGGAGAUCAAGCUGUGAAGAAAAGAUAUGUAGUUCCCUUAUCUUACUUGAGCCACCCCGUAUUCCAAGACUUGUUACAAUGUGUCGAAGAAGAGUUUGGGUUUAAUCAUCCCAUGGGUGCUCUCACUAUUCCUUGCACCGAACAGACAUUCUUUAAUCUUACUUCGAAACUCAAGCUCUAAUUCAACAUGAUGAAGUAUGAUCGACCUGAUGUUUCACUUGCUUUUUUCCGAUUAUUUUGAGCUUUUUUUACUAUAUCGAUACCAGGCUAAGAAU